UAGGUCACGUGAGACACUCGGCUAAAAAGACUGCGGUGACGUGCGAGAGUUCCGUCAGUGGAGCGGCGUCUCGCUGACAUCCUCGCCCGGUGAGAGGCUUCCUUUCCGGCGUACAUUAACCGGACGGCGGGCAGAGCGGUAUCCAGGCAAAGAAUGAAGCGGGAGAUAUUUUUUUUUCCACCCCGAAACAAAGCAUUGUAGGCGGCUAUUUUUAUCGGCCUUUGUAUUUGUUUUUUUUUUCCUCCAUCGCCGUCGCAGCGUGCGACUGUACCCGCCAGCCGAGCAUCAUUCCCCGGUUUCCCCUUCCAGCUGAGGUCGGGCUCCGCCGUGGCGUACCUCCUUUUUUUUUUUUUUUUUUUUUUUAAAGCAAAGCCCCUGGAAAAAUUAACUUGGAUAAAAAAAACAAAAAAACAGGAACAAGUAAGGAAAGGAGCUCGUUUUUGGAGAAGCUGCGGUGCGUUACCGGGAGAGGGAGGAGCAGUUGCAGCAAAGGGGAACACUAAAAAAAAUAAUAAUAAAAAAAAAAAAACCCGUGAGGAGGACCAGGAAGGUGUGAUUAGAGGAGACAACAUAAAACGUUCUCGAUGAUGUGGACUUCCAAAGGCAGCCGUGUUGGAGCAGCGGCGACACAAGACAUGGGAGAAUAGAGGAGUCGACCCUGAUGACGUCCCGAAGACAGAACUGAACCAUCCGCACAUCUACAGUUCCAAAGACAAACUCUCCACGACGAUGGUCCUCACUAGCUCCUCCGUGUCACUCGGAUUGCGUUUAACCGCCACCGAGUGGCUCUAAAGUUUCAAAGACUCCACAAGGACUUCAUGUGCCAGCUCCGAUAUCACUCCAUUUGUUGGCCACCACAUGUUUGAGGCGACCGUGUUUGACCGCCGCCUGCAACAUCAACCUGCGCCAUGCAGUGGAGACGGCGACACUGCUGUCCCAUCAAGAUGACGUGGACCGUCAAGCGCUCGCUAUUUCGGACCCACGUGGCAGGCCUCCUCUCGCUGGCGCUGCUUUUUACCCUCUUCUUAUUUUUCAGCCACCAAGACUGGCUGCCCGGGCGCAGCGGGCCGCGGGAACACCCGCUCGCCUACACCGUCCGGGGUUUCCGAAGUCCCAAGGGGGAUGCCAACCAGAGCAGCUCCCUCAGGAGCCUUUGGAGGGAGACGGGUUACAUCGCGCCAAAGCCCUUACUCAACCUUAGCGCUCAACCGGCGGAGGGCGGCGAGGGUGAGGUCCGAGCGGUCGCGAUGGGACUCGGGGACUCCAUGAGCGCCAACAACAGUUUACAGAAGGAGAUGGGCGUGGGGGGGAAGCUCAGUGCGCAGCCCUACCGCUACAUCCUGAACGAGCCUUUCAAGUGCAGCGACGAGGCGCCGUUCCUCGUCCUCCUCAUCGCCGUGGAACCCGGCCAGGCCGACGCCCGUAGCGCCAUCCGGCAGACCUGGGGCAACAACAGCGUGGCCAUGGGCUUGGGCUUUGUCCGUCUCUUCCUGCUGGGUUCGGGAGCCACCCCGGACUCCUUCCUUCAGAGCAGCAUCGAGGAGGAGAGCCGCGUUUACCAUGACAUCAUCCAGCAGGAAUAUCAGGACACCUACUACAACUUGACAGUUAAAACCUUAAUGGGCAUGAACUGGGUGGCGACGUACUGCCCCCGCGCCGCUUAUGUCAUGAAGACAGACAGCGACAUGUUUGUCAACACAGAGUAUCUCAUUCAGAAGCUGCUUAAGCCCGAGCUGGCUCCCAAGCAUCGGUACUUCACCGGCUACCUGAUGAGAGGCUACGCCCCGAACCGAAACAAAGACAGUAAGUGGUACAUGCCACCGGAGCUGUACCCCAGCGAGCGCUACCCGAUAUUCUGCUCCGGCACCGGGUACGUGUUCUCGGGGGACAUGGCGGAGCUGAUCUACCAAGCGUCCCUCGGCAUACGCCGGCUGCACCUGGAGGACGUUUACGUGGGGAUAUGCCUGGCCAAGUUGCGCAUCGACCCGGCGCCGCCCCCCAACGAGUUCCUCUUCAACCACUGGAGGGUGUCUUACUCCAGCUGCAAGUACAGCCACCUCAUCACGUCCCACCAGUUCCACCCCAACGAGCUGGUCAAGUACUGGAACCACUUGCAGAGCAACAAGCACAACGCCUGCGUCAACACGGCCAAGGAAAAGAACGGCAGGUACAGGCACCGGAGGUUCCACGGGGAGCGGACUCCUUGAUUCGCGGGCGCAGGACUUCUCGGACCUCGGCACAAGUCACCGUAUAGAAAAGAAAGCACAUGGUUUUUGGUAUCGUGUACAGUCCACGAUUGAAGCUAUUUUUUUAUUUCGGGAGAAAUGUCGAAGUAUCGUGCACAUAUUCAGCCAUGUUCUCCCGAAAGGCGCAAUGGAACGGGCGAUACGGAGCAUGGACCCUGAUUACGGGUUAAGAUUAUUUACGAUAUUGCACACGGGAAAAAUCUAUGAAGUUGAAAAAAAAACAAAAGAACACCAAUGUGUUUACACAGACAAAGGGAAAUGUAAAUGUAUCAUGUCCAAAGUUAUACUACCUAAAUAUGAAUGAAGAUAUCACCGACAAGUUAUUCGGACCUGUCUCUCAGUGUUUACUUUCCAGCGUCAUCAAACACCGCAGAGUUUGACUGCCAUAUCCUGUAUUUUAUUUUUCAAUAAUAAACACGAAGGCACUCCAAAUCACGGCGA